AUGGUGAACACUGUGCUUGAUCAUCAAACUCAGAUUGAGUUAUGUGAGUCUGGUUCAGAAUAUCCUCCGAGAAACGUGGAAGAUGGAGAAGUAGAUGACGAUGGCAAAUCCAAAAGAACUGGGAGGGUGGGUGGGGGGUAUGAGGGCUGGGACAAUGGAGAAGGGAAGAAGGGAUGGUGGGUUCUUCCAAAUGGUUCUGAAUAUUGGGUAAAGGGACGGACAAUGGGUUGUGCUAAUGGCGGUUAG